UUUUUUGGGGGGAUUGAGUUGAAGGUCAAUCUUUGUUCUCCCUGAACAAAAAAUAAAAAUAAAAGAUGUUAUCUACAGUCCAAAACCCACGGUUGUUGCUCCACCAUUGCCGGCGGUCAAAACCCUUCAACCACCGUCACCUAAAACCCAUUCACGCCAUCACAAACCACCAACCAACCACCAUUUCCACACACCCCACUUCACAAAUCCAAACUAUCCAAAAAUCAAUCCUCUCAAAAGAAAAAACCACACGCCAAUUCGCCCAAGAAUUCCUAACCCGAAUCCGAAUAACCGAACCCCAUCUCAAAAGCUUCCUCCAUUUAUCAGAAACAGUGUUGGCUGAAGCUGAUGAAAUUGACAGAAAAAUUGACAGGAAUGAAAAUGUGGGUCCACUUGCUGGAGUGUUUGUUGCAGUAAAGGAUAAUAUUUGUACAAUGGAUAUGCCUUCGACUGCCGGUUCGAGGAUUUUGGAAGGGUAUAGACCGGCUUUUGAUGCGACUGCGGUGAGGAAAGUGAAAGAAUGUGGUGGGAUUGUUGUUGGGAAGACUAAUUUGGAUGAGUUUGGUAUGGGGAGUACUACUGAAGGCUCUGCUUUUCAGGUUACUGCAAAUCCAUGGGACCUUGAAUGUGUACCGGGAGGGUCAUCAGGGGGGUCGGCAGCAGCUGUUUCUGCCAGGCAGUGUGUAGUAUCGUUGGGAAGUGAUACCGGUGGAAGUGUUAGACAACCAGCGUCUUUUUGUGGUGUUGUAGGAUUGAAGCCGACUUAUGGCCGUGUAUCACGAUAUGGGCUGGUGGCGUAUGCAUCGUCAUUGGAUGUUAUUGGGUGCUUUGGCUCAACAGUUGUUGAUGCUGGAGUUCUGUUUCAAUCAAUUUGCGGUCAUGAUAAAUAUGAUGCCACCAGUAGCAAACGGGAGGUUAAUGACUAUACAUCGCAGCUCAUUGCCAAAGAUUAUUUCGAAUCACAGCCUUUAAAAGGACUACGGGUUGGUGUUAUUCGUGAAACUCUUGGGGAAGGAGUUGAUCAGGGUGUUGUUUCUUCUAUCCAAGGAGCUAUUUCUCAUAUGGAAGAACUAGGAUGUAUUGUGUCAGAGGUCUCAUUGCCAUCUUUCUCCCUUGGAUUACCAGCAUACUAUGUUCUUGCUUCAUCUGAAUCUUCUUCAAACUUGUCUCGUUAUGAUGGUAUUAGGUACGGCAAUCAAGUUAUUUCUGAUGAGCUUAGUUCCCUUUACGGGGGCUCUCGUGCUAAUGGCCUUGGUCCAGAGGUAAAAAGGAGGAUCUUGAUGGGGACAUAUGCCCUUUCAGCAGGUUACUAUGAUGCUUAUUACAAACGAGCACAACAGGUGAGGACAGUAGUCCAGAAAGGCUUUAAGGCGGCACUAGAUGAACAUGAUAUUCUAAUUUCACCCGCAGCUCCAUCUGCAGCAUAUAAAAUCGGUGAAAAGAAAGACGAUCCAUUGGCAAUGUAUGCUGGUGAUAUAAUGACUGUGAAUGUGAACUUAGCUGGAUUGCCAGCAUUGGUUUUGCCAUGUGGCUUUGUUCAAAACGGCACUUCUAGUCUUCCUGUUGGCUUUCAAAUGAUUGGUGCUGCUUUUGAUGAGGAAAAAUUGCUUAGAGUGGGACAUAUCUUUGAGCAAACGCUUCAAGGUUGCAGUUUUAUCCCACCGCUGAUAGCUGAUGAAUUUAGAUGCUAGAAUUAGUGGAUUAAAAACCAUCCUUGUUGAAUAUUCUUUUUGGUGAAUUAUUGCUUAGAGUGAAAGUAGCAGUAACUUAUGUAUUCUAAUUCUAAUAGUGGAUCAACAGCUAAACUUAAGACUAGUGAGAUGCUCAAUGAUGCCCAUAAACUUCAUGGCUCUUUGAACUAAAAUAUUUUUGUUUAAUAAACUAUGUAUACAUUCAAAGAAAAGAAAAUGAAAACAGAGACUCAAAUGUGGUUUCUGUGUUGGAUA